GAUGAGCACACCCAAGUGAGUAGCUACUUGCAAAGAGGACACCUCUGACCUCCAAGUCGUCGCUUUACUACAAUGCGUUUCCUACAAAUCUCUGUCGUUCUAUGUGCGCUAGCCGCCACUGCUGUCACGGCUCAGCAGGGCAACACAACGCAACCCGCCAAUCCUCCUCCUGCAGGAGGCAACACAACGCAACCCGCCAACCCUCCUCCGGCAGGGGGCAACUCAACCGCGCCAGGCGUCUCCUGUGGAGUUCAGAACGAUUGGAGCCGUAUCGAAACGCAAGCACAGCUGGCUCAACUUGUGGGAACAAAUUGCACAAACCUUCUGGGAUCACUGCUCCUCGCCGGACCGGGGAUUACGGACCUCAGUCCUUUGGCCAAGAUUGAGAGCGUGCAGCUGUCUAUUGACAUUUCAGGUACCAACCUGCGCACCUUGACCGGCCUUGGUAACUUGAGGACAGUCGGAGAGAAUUUGUUUAUUCACGACAACGCUCAACUUUCCAAUGUGUUUGGGUUGAACUCGUUGACGACAAUUCAAGGCGGAGUGCUGGUGUACCAAAACCCGCAACUUGUCUCCAUUGCUGGAUUAGCCACCCUGACCAACAUCAACCCCAAUAAGAGCCCCAGAUUCGCCUUUGGAAUCUCUGUGUACGGUAACCCUAUUUUGGCUGCUCUGGACGGGUUGCAGAACCUCAAGAGUGUUGGGAAUGUUGUGAUAAUUUCUAACAACACUCGGUUGAACUCACUCGACAACCUCCCUUCGACUGGCCCCUUCCCUGUGCAGUCCAUCACGAUUGAGCGCCUUCCAGUGAUCAAAACCCUCACCCCACUGUCGGUCUUUACCUCCGCAGCAAACGGGACCGCGUUGAAAGUUACCACGUGUGAUUCCCUAACAUCCUUGGACGGUAUCAGUCUCGCCAGCGUCACCAAUUUGACGCUGACGCACAAUGCGGCUUUGGCUGAUGUAAAGGUCUUUGGCAAUUCCAAAAUCUCCGGACCUAUUGUCCAAGUGGACGACAACACCAAACUUUGCGACUUGUCACCACUUCAAACUGCGGCAGGCGGAGUUUCUGGUGCGCAAAUUCUAAAUACGUGCGGCAAGCCCCAGCAACAGACCGGUGGUAGUAGUACUGCGGGUGGAGCAAACAGUGGAGGCUUUCCAGGCGGACCCAAUAUGCCUCUCCCCGGAUCUGGAUCUUUUAGAAACGAAGCCAGAUUCACCUUUGUAACUGCGGUUGUUGGCUUGCUGGGUACUGUCUUUGCCUUUUAAGUAGAGUACAUUGCGUCAGUUGUUUCUAUGAUAUAGAACCCUUGGGUCGAUGGUUGACCCUUUUAGAGUGGUAGAUUGAAUUCUGUAAUUUUGGUAGAAUCGUGUGGGAUAAAUAGGUGAAUCUCGUAUAUAAAUUGAAGGCGAUGCACUUCUCAUUGGAGAUAAAAACAGCCAAGUAGAUGUUUUAUGCACUUCAUUGGAGAUGGAAAUCACCAUGUAGAUGUUUUAAGGCAUUUCAAAGCUUGCAACAGCCCAUAAUUAAAG